UAUAGCGAUUUUUAAAAAUUAAUUUCUAUUUUGAAAACAUUAUAAUGAACAAUCUCCAUGUAAAUUGGAACGCAAUUUGAGCGAGCCAAUGGGCAGCGCGCCCCCUCCCACUUGACAACAGCGCCUCCAGUGUCAAAAACAUAAACUAACGUGAAAUAUCUCCAUCUUGUAUGACAGAUUUGUGUUUGUUGUUACUUUUUCGAUUUUAUUUAUCAAUUGUGUAUAAAUACGUUUAAAAAUUGUAUCAAACGUUGCAUAAUUAGUCGACAAUCUUAAAAUUCAACGUGUGCUACAGACAAUUUGAAGGCAUUUACCCACAGAAGGUAAAUCUAUGAGUGACGAACGUAGUGGUCGUCUGAGUGACUAGUAUAUAGUUACUUAUUUUUGUGAUAAGCGGAGCGCGGGGGCCUCACGGACGGCUUUUAUCAACAAGAGGUAUUCCUAACAUCCCGCGUGACGCACGUGGUGCGCUCGCGCGGCGCGGGCGGCUCGUGCGCGGCGCGAUGGCCGCGGCGUGACGGGCGCCGCGCCGAUGCCAUGCUGCAGCGCGUGCGGCCGGACCCGCCACUGCUCCAGCCCAACACCAACUAUAUACAACUCACUGUGCAGAAGGCUAUAAGUCUAUUGGAUAAACUGUAUGAUACAUUCUUCACGGCGUCGCGUAAAGCGCAUGUCACGCUCUUCACUAAACAUUUUAUCAAGAUUGAAUUUUUGGACAAGUUGUGCAGACCUAUUUACAAGGAAUUCGAUGAAUGGCCCGAAAUAUCGUUAGAGCCAGAUCCACCCAAAGAAAAGAAGAAGGAAACGCCAGAAAAGAUUACUACCACUAAUCAGAACGUCAAAGAUAUAGCAAUACAGAAAAUGACGCGAAAGAGUCGUCCGCGCAUCAAGGAGCGCGAGGAGAAGGAGGCGAAGGGCGGCUACUGCGAGAUGUGCAACACGGACUACGAGGACGCGGCGCUGCACCGCCGCUCGCCGCACCACCUCGCCUUCGUGCGCGACCACACCAACUUCCUCGCGCUCGACUCGCUCAUCGGCUCCGGCGCCGACGUCUCCUCCUUCCUCGACAAGGCCACGCCCCUCAACGGCGAGCGCCGCUCCCUCCGCAAGAUAUGCAAUGGCGACGUCGACACUCCCAAGAGCAAACGCUCCAAACGCUCCCAGUCGCCAGACUCUACAGUCAACGGCAACCUCAGCCCGCGGCGAAACGGACACGUAGACGAAGAGAGGAAACAUAACACCCGCUGCAGCAAACGACAAAGCGAAGCUCUCGCUGAAGACCGACAGUACUACAAGGUGGUCGGCGUCAGCACUAAAUUAAGAUCAAGCGGUGGGUUCGCCACCAAAAGGAAAGAUUCCCCGCCCACAUGUAACGGCACCAAACCUCUCGUCGUCAAGUUCAGGAAGGUGCGGCGGUCGGAGCUGUCGGUGCUGAGCGACGAGGCGGAACAGUUCAUGUUCCCCAAGCGCGCUAGCUCGACUAGCUCCACGUCUUCCGACGAUGAUGACAAGGAGUUGAGCUCGCGGCGCCGCAGCCCCGCGCCUCCGCCCCCGCCGCCCGCCAGCGAGAGACGACGCCAGGCAAGACCCGUCGCACUUAAAGAAGAAUCCUCAGAAGAAGAUAGUUGGCCAGAAGACAAAAGGAGACGGAAAAAACGGGCCCCACCAGUCGCAAAACGGGGACGCAGAGUACCAUGUAGAACACAAAAUUCAGAACCACCUCCUGAACCGAAAGCAGAGGUUGUGGAGCAAAUAGUACCUGCGGAACCACCUGCGCCGCCCGAACCUGAAGUCAGUCCGUUGAGAGAAGAGCCCGUGGAGAGAUGUAUGAAGUGGGAGGAUGGCAAGCUGAAGUAUACACCAGCUGUAGAACAAUUGGAGUUCGCCUUUGAAUGUGUGCCACACAGUGAACCGUGGUUUGAGACAUUCAAAAGGCAAGAUGAAGACAAGGUGCUAGCUAAAAAUAUACCGCAAUAUUUUGCACUUUAUUCAAAAUCGCCAAAGUUACCGUAUGAAAUCGGUCAGUUACCGCCCUUAAAGCCAAAUUGCUGUCCACUAAGUGACUUAGUUAAACGAGAAGAAAAGCCAGGGCCUUCACGUUCUUACGGGACGCGGGGCAUGAAGAAACAGAAAAUCAGAAAGCGCACAGCCGCUCUUCUGGCGCUGGAGGGACAUCCAAGAAAGUCGCCCAGGGAGCACGCGUCCACUCUAGCUAUCCUCGGGUCGGCUGGCCUGGUGCAUCGGCGGAAACACGCAGACGAUACCAAGUCUACUGCGUCAGAAGACACCAUCAGCGACACACACAGUAACGUCAAAGUCGAUCCUGUGAUAUCUGAGACUCAAGAAGCAUCGGAAAGACUGCAACAAUUCCUAUCCGAAGUGUUCGAGGACGCAGCAGAUUACGACGUAUCUGAUGAAGUUAUGGACGGCGACGCAGCAGUCACCACGUCCACUAACAUGCCCGACGUGUCCAGCUUAGUGUCCGAGUGCGAAAACUGCGAUCUCAUCAGGAACGAGAUCAAGGAGGCUGCAGACAGACCGAGAGGGCGACGCGGUAAAUUCAAAAAGAAGAAUCGAACGGGCUGGCCGAAUAAAAAGAAGCAAACUAAAAAGGGCUCGAGAACAAACAGCGUCGAGUCGGAGAACAAAGUGGAGAGCAGUCUAGACCGGUCGUCAGCGGAGCCGCCCGACGACGACACCACGCAAGACACCAUCAGUGAAGAGGACACUAAUUUAUCAGAGACUGAAAAGGAAGAGAAGACUAUCAUCGAAAAAUCCAAAUCAGAUGGUGACUCACAAGACAAGACUCUAACAGAGGACACGCUAGAUGACAAGUGCAAGCCGAUGGACAUAUCAACCGAUAGCACAGAUAAGACCUUACAGGAUUUGAAGGUAUUGGCAGAAAAGGCGAAGGCUGAGGAGAAAGAGGAACGGAAAUUGCGUUCAGAGACUGAGGAUAAGGAUAAUAAGAAGAAGAAGCGCACGUUGCACGCGCUGGGCGACUGGCUGCAGCCCGUCGUGCGCGUGGCGCGGGUGGACCCCAGCGCCGCGCGCCGGCUGCGCUCCGCCGCCCGCGCCCGCACCAACCGCUUCAGGUAGCGCCCGCGCCGACGCCACGCCAGUGUACUACCCUAACCGACGAACAAUCCGGAGUUGUGCCCGCGCUGCCCGCCGGUAGACGCAGUAGACUCGCCGAUGUCGGGAUUAUUUUAUUGUUAUUUAUUUUGUAAAUAGCUGUUGUUGUUUGUGUCUGCGUGAAUUUCGCCGUUCGAGGCGAUCGAAACUGGGAGUAUCAGUAUUUAAAUUGUUUUUGUUAAUAAAAGAAUAAUAUAUCUUGAGGCUGCGAACUUCAGAUGAUAGUGUACAUAGCAGUGAAUAUAUGAGAACUGUGGACUCAUGCAUGUGUGUGUGUAAAAAGUGCGGUGCGUAGAUGUCGCGAGCUUACUCUGUAUAUAAAUGUUAUUAAUGUAUGCUUAGAAAGUAUCUUUCUUUUCCGAAGAUAAAUGGAGAUGCAGGAAUAAUAUUGUAAUUUCAAUUGAUAACCUACACACUAAAUGUUAAUAGUAACCAAAAUAAUCAUUGCUGUUAAUAGAAAUCAUAGAUAUUUAAUGCAUGUGUUUUUAAAUCUCAAUGUUGUCUCUACCAUUACCAACUAGUCAAGCCUGAUAAUACUUUUACUGAACUACAUUUCGUAUUUCUGGUCCCAUCUCCUUUAUCUAUGUGAAACUUCAUCAAAAUAAAGUUGUAUAAAUACUAUGAUUCUCAA